AUGAUAAAAAGAUGUUGUAAAAGAAAUAAAAGAAAUAUGAUGAAAUUAAACAAUAAAUUUAUGAGAAUAAGUAAAAUCAUAUAUUAAUGUUUUUGAAUAUAACAUAAAGUCAUUUAGAUAUUAUAUUAGAAGUAUUUACAGAUAUUAUAUAAAAUGGUAGAUAAUUGUGAAUUUUGCGAAUACUAAUUUACGAGCUUAUUAAGAAAUUGUAUAAGUCCAAUUUUAUCCAAAAAUUAUAGUAAAGGUGAAUGAGGACACAAAGAAUUAACUUACUCUAAAUAUUCUGAACUCAUUAGACAAAUUUGAAAUACUUGAAUAGUUUAAAUUCCCAUCUUGUGAAUGAGAACAAAUUUCUGCUUCUAAAUUUGAUCGAUUAAGUUAUAUAAAUCAAAUGUGUUUAGUACAAUGAGUUUCAUGGAUAGGUUAUGGACUGUAUUUGAAAGUAGAGGAGUAGAAUAAGAAUGGCAUUAAAAUGGAAAUCUUAAAUAAUAAAUGAUAAUUUGAUUGUAUGA